UCGUCCCGAAAAAUGGCGCCGACGAUCCCAAUUACGGUGUGUCAAUCUGUUGGCAGCCAAGCUGAAGUAUUCUAGAGGGAAUGCCGUCUACUGUUUGUAAAACUAAUAGACGUGAUUGUUGAAACUCUUUAUUGAAAAUGCUUGAGAAUAUAUUACAUGUGUAUUGCUUAUUUUUUUCAAGUUUUCAACGCUGUUGCAGGCAUGUGUUUGGCCAGCUAUGUGGGGCGGGUUGAGCGUGAACCAGGAAGUGCGGGGAUCUCGUGUGUGCGCGCGCGCGGGGGCGCGCUGUUCUGUCGUUGCUGGCUCGUCGAAAAAGAAAGUUGACCGGUGUUGUGCCGAGUUUUGCAUGCCUGCCGGUCAUCGCGGCGAAGGGCCAGCCUGUCGCGUGUGGUUCCGUUCUUCAGGGAGACGUCUCCGGAGGGGGGGCAAGCCCGGGAGGUGCUCAGUCCCGACAGCGAAGACCCUCCCCCCUGGCCCUCCGCUGCCGCUCCGGCCAACGGCUCGGCUUGCGGAGACGUCCGCAGUCCGUCCCAGUCGAGCGACGAGCAGAGUUCCGAGGCCAGCGUGGUCGCCGAUAUCAUCGGGGGCGAGGUGACGCUUCACGCCGACACGCCCGAAAAUCUCACCCUCGCCCUCCUGGACAGCGUGACCGGAAGACGGUACGGGCAGUGCACUGAGACGUUGUUGGACGACUUCAUGCUGACCCAUCCCAUCUUCCUGACGGCAGACACCUUUCAGCAAGUUCUACUGCAGCAAUUUUCUGUGCAUGUGGGGGAGGGGCCAGGGCCAGGUGGUGAAAAGGAUGACAGAGAAGGAGGGGGCCUGGAUGCCGUGCACAGGAAGCGGGCGGUCCUCAGUGUUGCCUUCCGAUACCUGGACACGUACCGAGAACUCCUGCAAGAGGAGGGCGACAAGUUCCCCAAGGAGUUGUACGGGUGCGCGCUUCAGGAACUGAGUUGUCAUCCCGAGCUGGUGGACGAUGUGGUCAAACUGCAACGCUGGACAGAAAUUUUACACUGCCCCUGUGACGAGGAGAAGGAAAGCAGAAGGAAGCAAGUGCGACCGCUCUUCAGACACUUUCGACGAAUCGACGCCUGUCUGCAGCCCAGGGAGGCGUUCAGAGGCUCUGAUGAGAUCUUCUGCAGGGUCUACACUCCCGAUCAUUCCUACGUCACCAUCCGCAGUCGCCUGUCCUGCCGUGUGGGAGACAUCCUGGCUCUGGUUCGAGAAAAGCUGCAGUACAGCGAUGAGCAGCCGCUUCUUCCCGGAAACCUCAUCCUGGUGGCGGUCACGUCGGCUGGAGAAAAGGCAGUGUUUCGGCCCAGUGACGAGGCCGUCUUCACCACUUUGGGGGUCAACACUCACCUGUUCACCUGUGAACCCACUGAACUGGAGUCGCUGCUUCCUCUUCCCGAGGAGAUCCACUGGACACCCGGAGACAGCAAACUUCAUGACAUGUCAGCAGAGGAAGUGGCCAACCAGCUGGUGGCGUUUGACUGGGAGCUCUUCAGCUGCGUGCACGAGGUGGAGUUUGUGUGUUACGUGUUUCAUGGAGAGCAGUCCCGCUGGCGCCCCCUCAACCUGGAGCUGGUACUGCAGCGCUGCAGUGAGGUCCAGCACUGGGUUGCCACCGAGAUCCUGCAGUGUCACUCCCUGCCAAAACGAGUCCAACUGCUCCGCAAGUUCAUCAAGAUCGCAGCGCUCUGUAAACAGCAGCAGGACCUUCUGUCCUUCCUCGCUGUGCUGCUCGGCCUCGACAACCCCGCCCUCAGCAGACUGCGGCUUACCUGGGAGGGUCUUCCAGGGAAGUUCCGGAAACAGUUUCAGCAGUUUGAAAGCAUUGCUGAUCCUUCCAGAAACCACAAGUCCUACAGAGACCUGAUCACCAGUCUGAGACCUCCACUCAUCCCCUUCACUCCUCUGCUGCUUAAAGAUUUGACUUUUCUUCAUGAGAGUUGUAAGACUUUUCACGGCCAGCUGGUCAAUUUUGACAAGAUGCACAAAGUUGCCGACAUGGUGCGAAGCAUACGAAGAUACCGUAGUGGACAGCUGGCCAUGGAUAUGGAGACGUCGCCAUCCCACCUGCAGACCAAAGCGUACGUGCGACAGCUGCAGGUGAUCGACAACCAGAACCAUCUCUUCGACCUGUCCUGCAAACUGGAGCCCAGAGACACGUAGAGAUGCCAGGACACGUCCCACCUCCUCUUCCUCCCUCUCAGCGAACACGUUAAAAGCUUCUUAACAGGCAGCCAAUCAGGCGAAGCUCGGCAGCCAUCUUGUCUCCUUCCUGACCACAGACGACAUGUAGUCGCAGUUUGACCUCCACCCAGCUGAUGAGGUGAGCCUAGUGAUGGAUGAUUUAUCUCUUCAAAGGUCAACCUCUGACCUCAGGGGCGUGUCUUUCUUCUUAAUGAAUGAGGAGGACAGCAGAGAAGUAAACAAAUGUUUAGUCAUUUCUGUCUGGGAAGGUGUACCGUGACACUCUAUGGGCGGCGCUUGUGCAAUAACAGGAGGCGAUGCACGUCUGGUGUCAACCAAGCAUGUCGACGACGCUCAGGGCUCCCAGGUUUUGUGUACUUUUUGUGAUGAUGAUUAAGACUUAUUUUUCUUCUUUCCCUUGUUGUCUUUGGAUCAUUUCGAUCAACAAAGACAGAGGGAUAUUUUUUUAAACGUUGUCUCAUUGCAACGCUAAAUGACAUCACGCGUCUGCUAGUCGACACCUGGCGGGGCUCUGCUGCGGCCAGUCCUGGAUUCAAGUCAUUCAUUUCCAAAUAUUAAACAGGCGUCUCAAAAGAUGACAAAAUUCCAAUUACAAAAUACACAUGAGACAGGGUAUGAAUGUUGGGCCGCGCGGCGGAUGAGUGUUUAGCAUGUAGUCCACACAGCGAGAAGAUCCGGCUUUGAUUUUCUGCUCGGGCAUCUCUUCGUGGAGUUAGCAUGUUCUCUCUGUGCAUGGCUUUUCUCCGGGUAAUCCGCUUUCCUCCCCAGUUCCAAAAACAUGCUAGCUGUUAGCUUGAUCGGCCACUCCAAAUUGUCCAUAGGUAUGAAUGUGGGUGGGAACGGUUGUUUGUCGAUACGUGCCCUGUGAUCGGCCGGCCACCGGUACAGGGUGUACCCCGCCUCUCGCCCCCAAAGACAGCCGGGAUAGACUCCAGCAUACCCCCACCACUAUAGUGAGGAUAAACGGUCUAAAAAACGGAUGGCCGGACAGUAUGAACUGUUUAAUCUUCCGAGUCCAUGAAUGAAAGAAAUGAAUCAGUAGAUGAAUUUACCCGCUGACUAAAAUAUCUGUCGGCGAGCCAGGGCUGAUAGUGAGUAACAGCGCCUCCCGUAUGCUCAAAGUGUUAACCAAUUAGCGUUGUCAUAUUGAAACAAGAUCGGCAUCCUUGUGUUUUCAGAUCGAUUUAGAAGAAGUAUUUUGACCUGUUAGCAUCACAGGUAGUCUCAGGAAACUCGCUGGGUGUUGAAGCCUCCUGCCGGACAACAUAGAAACAUUCAAAGUAGACGUGAACGGCCGGUCUUUGCUGUAAAACUCAGGCGUGUCCGUUUGUAAAGGUCGCGUAUGGAGUGGCUGACCUUGAAACAUGUACAUAGUGUGAGUGUGUAAAUACUUCCAAACGAAAGGAGAAUCUAUUUUAAAGAUGUUUGUUUCACGUAGAGAUGAGAUUUUAUUCACGUGUGUUGUUUACAUUGUGCCAAACCGUGAGCCAUGACAAGUAAAGAUCCACGUUAGCAUGACGAUGGUAUUUGUCAAGGGUCGAGGAGCGAGCUACACGAGCUGGCAGUGCUGUAGCAUUUGCGCUUUCAGUUGUGAACUUGUAACUUUGUUCUCUGAAAUGUAACCAAGAAUUUGUAUGCUUUAAAAGUAUGGAGACAACCACCAAUAUUUUUGCAACCUUUUUCUUUGUAAUGAUUUGGCACUUUAAGAUGGCAUUCCUAUUUUGAAACGAUGCAUCACAAUGUUGUUUCCUGCAGUUGCUCAAAUAAACCUGAUGAAGGCGA